AUGGGGCCGAUUGAGGGCCGAGGUUGUGGCGUGGUUGCGUACUACUCGACGGGCUUCAACCGACGCAAGCGAGAAGAGAGCAAGAAGAGACAAGAAGAAGAGCGACAGAGGACCCAACAACAACAAGACAGGGGAGGAGCCAAAGGCAACCAAGACGAGUGGCUGCGAUCGGACGAGCGGACCGAGUCGCUGCGGGCCGGCGAGCGCCAGGUCCUGCGCCUGGGCGUGCCCUUUGCCAUCGCCAUCUUCAUCAUCGCCCAGGGCAGUACCCUCCUCUUCGGCGAUAAGCCCUCUACAACCACCACCAAGGACACCACCGACUACGACAAGAAACUUCUCCUUGAAGGUGACGAUGGGCGACAUGGUGAUGACCUUCUACUUAAAGAAGAAGAAGAAGGCGACAAGGAAUGA